AUAAUUUGGUAUAGUUUUCGUACGAAGUAGUGCAUCGCUACUUAAAUUCUUUGAUUAGAAUUAAACGUACUAAUUUUGCAACGAUAAUUUUAUUUUCAAUGAUUUGAUUAAACGAAGAAAUAUUUUUAUUUUUAUAGAAAUGGCUUCGAACGAUGGGAUUCCUCCACCUGCAGCAGUACCUGGGUUUCCACCCGCAGCUCCAAAUAUUGCUUCUAGUUUUGUACCACCAAUUAUGCCCACUGCACCUUUCAUACCUCCUCCAAGUUUACCACCUGGUCCACCAGGAAUAAUGCCACCACAAUUUUCCAUACCUCCACCUGGUUUUAGUUUUCCAAUUACUGCUGCUCCUCCUCCUGAUACCGGAGUAAUAGCGGCACCUCCUCAAAUAACAGCACCAGGUAUUCCUCCUCCGGCACCUCUUGCAAGUGAAACUGCAUCAACCGUACCACCUAUUGCCACAACAGAGAAAAAGACUGAUUGGACCGAACAUAAAGCCCCUGAUGGCAGAACAUAUUAUUACAAUAGUGUUACAAAACAAUCAUUGUGGGAGAAACCAGAUGAACUAAAAACACCUAGUGAAUUGCUUUUAUCGCAAUGUCCGUGGAAAGAAUAUAAGUCAGAGAAUGGAAAAGUGUACUAUCAUAACGUAACAACUAAGGAAUCAAGGUGGACUAUCCCUACAGAAUUAGAAGAAUUGAAAGCAAGAAUUGCAGCCGAAGAAGUAGCAGCAGCGGCUGCGGCAGUUGUAGCAAGCGCUACAAAUACUAUAGUUCCUGUUGGCAUGCAACAUUUAUCUCCAAAUAUUCCAAUUACAAAUACAUCUCAAACUAGUACACCAGAACCAGGUGGAAAGUCUGCGAUUGAACAAGCUAUGGCUGCAACGCUUGCGGCGAUAAACAUUCCUACUCCACCGGCAAAACCAGAUGAAGAUAGUAAUUCUGCAAAAGGAUCAGCAAACGAUAGUCGUACUAGCACUCCUGAACCAAAAAUGCAAUUUAAAGAUAAAAAAGAGGCUAUUGAAGCGUUUAAAGAGUUAUUAAGAGAAAGGGAUGUACCAUCGAAUGCUACAUGGGAACAGGCAGUGAAAUUAAUACAAAGCGAUCCUAGAUAUCCACAAAUGAAAAGAUUGAAUGAACGUAAACAAGCAUUCAAUGCAUAUAAAACACAGAAACUUAAAGAAGAACGUGAACAUGAACGUUUAAGAUUAAAGAAAGCUAAGGAAGAUCUGGAGCAAUUUUUAUUAGAGAACGAUAGAAUGACAAGCACAACAAAGUAUUACAAAUGCGAAGAAAUGUUUGGCAACUUGGAAGUAUGGAGAUCUGUAGGAGACUCAGAUCGCCGUGAUAUUUAUGAGGAUGUUAUUUUUAAUUUGGCUAAACGCGAAAAAGAAGAAGCAAAGCAAUUGAAGAAAAGAAAUACCAAGAGACUAGCUCAAGUUUUGGAUACUAUGACUGAUGUUACAUACAGAACCACUUGGCAAGAAGCGCAAGCAUUACUUUUACAACAUGCAGCGUUUGCGGAAGAUGCAGAUUUAUUGGAAAUGGAUAAAGAAGAUGCCUUACUUGUAUUCGAAAAUCAUAUACGUCAAUUAGAAAAAGAUGAAGAAGAAGAGAAGGAACACGAGAAGAAACGUAGGAAACGACAAGAAAGGAAAAAUAGGGAUGCAUUUAUAAGUUUACUCGAUGAACUUCACGAACAAGGAAAAUUAACAUCAAUGUCACUUUGGGUAGAACUUUAUCCAAUGUUAUCCGCCGAUUUGAGAUUUUCAGCAAUGCUUGGACAAUCUGGAUCGACUCCGUUGGAUCUUUUCAAAUUUUACGUUGAGGACCUAAAAUCCAGAUUUCAUGAUGAAAAGAAGAUCAUAAGAGAGAUCCUGAAAGACAAAAACUUUGAGGUGCAAGUUAACACCACUUUCGAAGAAUUUGCAACUGUAGUAUGCGAAGAUAGGAAAUCUGCAACGUUAGAUGCCGGCAACGUAAAAUUAACCUAUAAUUUGCUACUCGAAAAAGCUGAAGCGCGUGAAAAAGAACGCGUAAAAGAAGAAACCAGGAAAUUUAAAAAAUUAGAAACUGGUUUCAAGAAUUUGUUGAAAACUCUUAAUGUUGAUUAUCAAAUGACAUGGGAAGAUGUUAGAAGUAAAAUCGAGGAGGAACCAGACUUCAAAGCGAUUACGUUAGAAAGUGAAAGAGUUAGGAUCUUUAAAGAAUACCAACAUGAACUCGAAGAGAGUUGCAGUCAUCAUCAUAUCAGGAGUAAAAAGAAAAAGACGAAGAAGGUGAAACGAAAAUCAAGGUCCCGGUCACACAGUGAGUCUGAAGGUAGCGAUAAAGGAUUAAAAAAGAAACGACAUAAAUCACGGUCACCAAGUGUUCCAAGCAAAUCUGAUAGUUCUGAAUCUGAUACUAGAAAGUCGAAAAGGAAGAAAAGUAAAAAGAAGAGAGGUCGUAGUCAUUCUCGAUCACAUUCGAGACUCCCGUCUUCCGAAGAAUCGCCAGAAAGAAAACGGAAAGAGGAGAAGCACAGGAGAGCUUCUGCUCACAGUGAAGGAUCUGUUACCGAAAAUGCCGAACAUCAUGAACUUUCAGAAGAUGAGUUAGAAAAACAGAGAGCGCAAUUAUUACGCGAAUUACAAAUGCAACAGGAAGAUAAUUAAAAUCAGUUUACUUGCUGAAGAUGAUAUGUAAUUUUAGAUAAUUGCAAUAUUAAAUUAAUCUUUGUACAAAAUUUAA